GCUUUGUAUAUCGUCCCAAAUUUCCCGUGUGGCAGCCCAAGUGAUACUGGAGGCCUUCUUGAAUCUGGUGAAAAAGUUGGGUCUGCGCCCUUCUUGACUAAUCUUUGGAGGCCAGGCCAUUUUUAUGAUAUUUUUGGGACCAUGAAUAUGAUAUUAGAAAACAAUCUGAACUCCAAAAACCAAACGGGAACUAAUCUUCAAAAUGACAGGAGUCAUGGUCAUGGCUUCCCCAAUCUCAGCAACUUUGAUCUUUUGUUCAUCUUCUGCAAGCACCAAACCAAUCAACUGUUCUCUAUCUUCUUCUGCUUCGUACCACCAAACCCCAAAAUUUCAUUUCUCCAGAAGGUGUCCUCAAUUGGGUCCAACUCUUUUCUCUCCAUGGAUUGGUUCAAAGCAUCUGGGCAUCUCAGUCACAGCAAAAGCUCUUAAAUUUGGGAGGAAGAGAAGGUGUAAAAAUGGGGUGGUUUAUGCAUCUUUGUUUGGGGUUGGAGCGCCUGAGGCUCUGGUUAUUGGGGUGGUCGCUUUGUUGGUUUUUGGUCCCAAGGGUCUAGCUGAGGUUGCUCGGAAUCUGGGGAAAACUUUGCGUGCAUUUCAACCCACAAUUAGAGAACUUCAGGAAGUUUCAAGGGAAUUCAAGAGCACCCUUGAACGGGAGAUUGGUCUUGAUGAAAUUUCAAGUUCGGCACAAAACACAAACAACUCAAACAAAACCAACACUCCUUCAGUCCCUUCAUCACCUCCAACCACUGUGGAUUCUGGAACUAUGGCUGACCCAAAUGGAGCUUCCUCCCUGAAUAGAGCUUAUACUACUGAAGAGUACUUAAAGAUCACAGAUGAACAGCUUAAAUCGUCUGCUUCCCAACAGCAGGGGCAACCACCUUCUCCUGAAGUAAGCCAGUUUGAACCUCAAACUCAGCCUGAAGCUACUAUCCAAGAAACUGCAGCUGCAACGAGCCCAUCUCAAAAGCCUGAGGGUGACACACGAAACCCCAUGCAACAAAGUGAAUGAAGGAAAUAUCUGAUCCAUCUAUUUUGUGAGGACUGAGCAGGGCAUGAAACCUCAUGAAAAUAUCAGUGGAGAAAGAAGUGCAGAAAUUUCUAUUUCUCCCUCAAAAUUUUAGUGUACAAACAGAAUAGAGCUUGACGAAUCUGUUAUGACCAAGAGUGAUGCAUGAAAAUCCUGUACUCCUUGGAGAAUGUUUUUUUUUUUUUGGGUAUCAUACUAUAAGUUUUGGGCAGUUAUGUUGAUAUUCUACUGUUCAUCUCUGGGCACAAGCACAAACCAUCUUGCUUGCAGGUGCAUGGGGCAGCAAAAAUUGUUCAAAGAAUCGAAUCGAGCUGCUCACACUGAACUUGUUGUGGCUAUCAGUUUGUUUUAGUAUCGAUUCUCAUUCUAGUCUUAAUAAAUUGAGAAAACUGAUUUCUAUUUCCUGCUUUGUACACGGAAAUGAAGAUGCCAUCCCAUU